AGCAUUACUGAAAGUCUACAAAUGUCAACCUAUGCGUGUGAUAUUUAAAAAAAUUAUAAAAAUAUUUACAUAAAAAUUUCGUAAGAAAAUAAAAAAAAUUAACUAAAAAUUCUAACUUUCCCAACCUCAACAGCGGGUACUCGCUUAUCCGAAGCUCUUCGGAAAAGAAAAUGUCGGAAAGUUCAAUUGGACAAUUGCAACUAACCGUCGAAAUGGCUGGCGCACGAAUCGCCGAACAUGAACUGGUCGGAGUGAUAGGCAAUAAGAAAACGCUUGGCAGCUGGGCUGUACAGGAAGCGCCGCUACUGGAACGCAGCCCCGGCGACUAUAAUGUGUGGACCACGACCGUAACAGUACCGUUAAAUAAAUGUAUACGCUAUCGCUACUUCAUCGGUGUGUUGGAUAAGAAGACUCAAGUCGUACAAUUGCGUCGUUGGGAAGUUGGUGAACGUGCACGCGAGUUACGCUUAACCGAAGCGAGCGUACAAACCUCGGAUCGUUUCGGUUUCAUAACAGCGGGUAGACCGAAAUUGCGACGUGCGUGGCUCAAUGUCGGUAACAUCGUGUUGUUUAAAUUGUUCGGUGAUGCGUUGCAGUGUAGUGCGAAGAAUCAGCUUGUUGAGGCGGGUGAAGUGAUGCAGUUGAAAAUAGAACCGUUAGAUGCGGUGAACUUACAAUCGAUCGCAACAUCAGCACGCGCACAAAUACUCUACACCACAUUACAAUAUGGCUAUAGUAAAUUGAAGGAUCAACCAGAUUUCGGCAUAGAAUACAAAGCAGAAGCGCUGAUCUAUCACAUAUAUAUGUUGAAUCGGAAGAAUGUUGGUUUUUUGUUAAAAUUAUUUGCAUUCAAUGGCGCCACCGAUUGUGUGCGGCUUCUGGCGCAGAGUUAUUUGCCACCCGAAGCGCUUGAGGAAAGCGAAGGCGUAUUGGAUGUAACGUUGCUUACGCCGAACUCCGCCGAGGAGCUGGCUAAAGUGGUAUUACAAUAUUUGAUCAUAAAUCCCACACCGAAUUGGCAAGUUAAGUUGAACACCACAUUCACACAGUAUUGGCCCGACCAAUGGAAGGGUGUGUUAGUUGGUCACCGUGGCAUGGGACGCAGUUUUGUGGAGCAUAAUGCGGCGUUAACACCACUAGAGAACACAAUCAGCUCCAUGAAGCGCGCAUUUGAGGUCGGCGCCGAUAUGGUGGAGUUCGAUGUGAUGUUGACCAAAGAUUUAGUGCCGAUAAUAUAUCAUGAUUUCUAUGUAAAGAUAAGUGCGAACUCGUCCGCAAUACCCAGCAGUUCGGAUGAUCUUGUCGCAGUGCCAGUGAUCUGUCUGACUUACGAUAAAUUGCAGAGCCUGCAAACCUACAAAGUGGUGCGUGAUAAUUUGAUUGAGUGUCCCGCACCGGAAACGGUAGACGACCCAGAUGAACGACUCUUCCCGACGCUGCAAGAGUUCUUCGAGAAAACUAAUACAAUGCUCGGUUUCAAUAUCGAGGUGAAGUGGCCGCAAGAACAGUACGUGGGCGGUAUGCAGUGUCCACAGCAUAUGGACAAGAAUAAGUACAUGGAUGUCAUACUCAAUGUAGUUAAGCGUUAUAGUUGGGGACGCAUCUGCAUGUUCUCGUCCUUUGAUGCCGACACAUGUGUUAUGUUGCGUUAUAAGCAAAAUGUCUAUCCGGUUUUGUUUUUGCUCGAGUCGGAACCGUUGCAAUUUAGCGAUCCACGAACGCAUUGCGUGCAACCGGGUAUUAAUACAGCACAGGCAUUCGAUCUCAAUGGCAUUGCGACCGAUUCUCGUCUGCUGCAGAGACAUGAGAAUGCAUUUGCGAUGGCCGAACGUCAAAAUAAGUGGAUCAUUUUGUGGGGUAAUCAACUGGCCGACUGUGCAACAAUAGAGGGGUUUCGUACAAAAGGUGUUUACGCUAUGAUUUGUGAUCGUCUUGAUUUGUUGGUGGCCUGCAAUAAGCGUAGUAUUUUUGCUACGGAUGAAGAGUUGAAGAAACUCUUUGAAUUACAGCGUAGCUGUGGUUGCCGUUGAACAUGUUUACGUAUUUUUUGCUUUAUUAUUUUUUAUUUUUGUAAAUUUCAACAUACAGUCGGAGUACCUACUACAACAAAAAUAUGCAAUGAAUAAAUCAAAAAUAGAAAAUAAGCUAGAAAUGGCAAUAGAAAA